AUGGAUGUAAACGUGGCUGCAUGGGGCCCCAAAUCACAUGCGGUGACCCCUCUCCAUCUUGCUGCUAAGGGUGGCCAUCUGAAAGUUAUGGAUAAAUUGCUUGAGCAUGGUGCUGACAUUGAUGCCCGAACUAAGGGUGCCUGUGGAUGGACCCCACUUCAUAAUGCCGCUAAAGAAAGAAACAGGAAAGCAAUGAAGUUCCUGAUAGAAAAUGGGGCAUUCUUGCCAGAUGACAUUAAUGACACUAGGUUCAAUCCUCCACUCCAUUAUUGCCCUGGUCUUGAAUGGGCUUAUGAGGAGAUGAGGCGUCUUCAACAUGAUAACUCAUCGUCAGGUGAGGCCUCUUACAGCUCUGAAAGCUGA